UGUAGACAAAGAAAUAAUUGUAAAUUAUUGUAAAGCCGGCAGUCAACAUUAAAGACAAAUAGUGUUAAGAGUGACAGAUGGUUCAUAUAUUUUAGUUUUCCAUUUCGUCUAUUUUUGGACCAGAAUUUUAUUUUAAUUGAAAAGAUACUCCCAUUCAGCUACUAAAACAAAGAUUAAAUGAGAGAAUAACCCAAAGUAACUGGAGUUUUUCUUUAAAAAAAAAAGUUAUACUAAGGUAUGAUGUUUUCAUUUGACCAACUGUUAACUAUUUCAUUUUUUGUAAACAAAGGUUACAAUGAUAUGAUAAACAUAAGACCAAAUGUUCUUAUAGUUAUUUAAAAACUAGAACUACUCAAUAUAUAAGAAGGUCUCCUUACUGUUUUGGGUUUACCUUAUAUAAUUGAACUCUUUCUGACAGUGGUUCUGGAUUUGUUUCAUAUCUGGAUAUUUAACCCAUUUGAAUCAUUGUAAUUGGGGCUCAUUAAAUCUUAUUUCUCUAAUUUGUUACACUGACUAUUACCAAGUAAUAAUAAAUGCCACUUUACAAAGUCAGUUGUGUCUAAUAAGGGCAUGGUCAGGGCAAGACAUUGCAGUGUGGGUUCAAGUCGUUAAAGGAAGGUCUUUUAAUGCAGGAAUCUGGCCCAUGACAGGCAAAACUCAGUAACCAUAGAUUAGGUCUCGAAGCAAGUCUUGAUUAACUAGGCUGUUAAGUGGCAAGUGAGCUUUUCCCCCAGGGAGUUCAUCUGUUCUGAUAGAAGAGCUAUUUGCCCAGAGGAACAAGCUGUUCAAUUGAUAAUUUGGUUUGCAGGAAGCAAGCAGUGAAAUUAUUUAUUGGUUUAUAGUUUUAUCUUUCAUAGGGUGACCAGUCUGUCCCAGUUUGUCAGGUACCAGGGGCAUUCUUGGGAUGCAGGACUUUCCAUCUUAAAUCAAGGACAACAAAUUAACUAUAUGAUUUUAAAAACCAGGUUUAGUAAUGUUGAAUGCUGACUUAGAGUAGUUUUUCCUUUAAAAUAUUGUGACAUUUCCCAGUUUAAUAGCCAAACCACAUUUAUAGAUAACCUGGAAAAAAACUCCCUCCUUUGCUGGUCUAAAAGAAAUCAAUUCUGUAAAGAAAUUAUUUAAAAGAAAGUGUGGUGGGCUGAAUAAUGUUCCCCAUUCCCGACCCCACCUCCGAUGUUCUGAUCCUAAUCCUUGGAGCCUGUGAACAUGUUACCUUACAUGGCAAAAAGAACUUCGCAGAUGUGAUUAAGCUGAGGGUUUUCAGAUGGGGAAAUUAUCCUUUAUUAUCUGGAUGGGCCUGAUAUAAUCACAAAGGUCUUUAUAAGAGACGCAGAAGAGCAGAGGAAGAAGCGAUGUCACCAGGCAAGUAUGUGGAGCAAAGGCUAUAUGAUGCAAGGUCGUGAGCAAGGGAUAUGGGUGGCCUAAUAGAAAUUGGAAAAGGCAAGGAAACAGAUUCUCCCCUCAAGCCUCCAGAAGGAACCAGCCCUGCUGACACCUUAAUUUUAGCUCCAUAAGACUCAUUUUGGACUUCUGACCUCCAGAACUGCAAGAGAAUAAAUUUGUGUUGUUUUUUACCCACUAACUGUGUGAUAAACUUGUUACAGCAGCAGUAGGAAACUAAUACAGAAAAUAUAUGGGAAAUGAACUGGCUGGGCCAUACUCCCUUUUAUUUCUAGUUGCUUUUAUGAGCAAAGCUUCUCUUACCUAGCAACAGUUGCUAAGUGAGUUAACAACUUAAUGCUAGUGUCCAGGAGGGAGCAACUGCUUAAAUCUUCCCAAAUCCAGUGCUCAUGCCUUAAAUGGCAGAGGCUUUCAGUAACAUUCUUUCAUAUUAGGCACACAAUCAUGCUGUGAAGCAUUUAAUCCUUACCAGCCUCUAGCAUCGUCCUCUCUUCCAGCUUAAAUUUCUAGCUUUUUAAAAACUGCUUUUAAUGAUCCUAAAGGUAUUUUAACUGUACGUAGUAAAAGACAUCUUAAAUUUAAUUAUGAUCAGAAAUCCGAAUUACACAAACUUUGUUUGCUGUGCUGUUUGUAAUAAAAUAAUUCCACCAGCCCCUUUAGGGGAAACCUUCGAACGGAUCCAUGAAUACAAGCCAUUUAAGACACGCUUUUACACUCACAAAGAUAUACUGGAUAUUGGGGCAGAUCUUCUGAAUAAAGAAGAGCAAUUUCAAGAGGCUGUACUCAAGGAACGUAUUGCAAAAGCAGAAGCUAACGUGUGGGCUCAGGCUGAUGAACGCCAAAAACAAGCUGUGGAGAGAGCACUUGAAGAAGUAAAUGACAUACACAAAAUUAAAAUUCAGAUCCUGGAAGAGGAACAUCAGAAACAUUUACAGGAAAUGGCAGCUAAAACCAAGCUUGAGGUUCAUCAAAGCAUGGAAGAUGAACUGAAGAGAGAAAACUUGGCUGCAGAACAACGCAUGGUCCACAGAAUCCAAAGGAUCAUGAUAGAGUGCCACAAGGAGAAGAUCCAGGCUGUGGAAAAAGCCAGGGCUGAAGAGAGACGCAUAGCCCAGGAAGCAAUCCAGGCUCAGAAAAGCAAGGCCAUGGAGGAACUUGUGAGUACUGGCAUGACAUUUAUUAAGGACCAGAAGAAGAGUAUGAGCCAAAUAAUAAAGAAAAAAGAACAUGAAAUGAACAGCUACUAUCUCAUGGCUGAGAGACAGAAGCAGGAAGCAGUUCAGGAAGUCCUUCAAAAAGCGGAGAAAACUCAUCAGGUCACUCUGGGAAAUGUGAGGGAUACACUAGUCAACACUCAGGGGGAGCUGCUGUCCGUAGAGAAACAACUGGGAAAUAUGACAAAUUGGAAAGAUUUCCUGGAGGAAGAAUUACAAGAAACGAGAGUGGCAUUUCAAAAAUAUAUCAACUAUACAUUUCCUAAGCUUUCGCCAGGACAUGCAGAUUUUAUUCUGCCAGAAAGAAAGAAAGCACCUUCCCAUCUCAUUAUUCAGGAGAACCGAAACAACUCUUGAUCAGAAGAGUCUUCAGCUGAAAUUUCACUACAAAAUACGCUGUUUGAAAGACUAAAUAAAUUCACUCAAAAACCAUUUAUUGGUUAUGUGCAUGGUACUACUGGGCUGUGUGCUUUUUGAUGGGAAACCAAAAUAUUCAAAAGCACAUUCCAGGCUACAGUGAGUUCCAAGUCUAACUCAGGAGACAUGGAAUGAGAAGGAUCAAAACUAAUUAGGAGGGGAAAAAACUGAUUAGGAGGGAAAAACGUUUCUUGGAAGAAGUUUCUGUGUCUGGCUUUAUUCAUGUUUACAUCGGACCUAUAACCAUGUUAGUAUUUGUUGUAGUUGAAAACAAGUAAAGGGACAUGUUUUUAGAUUGUUCCCAUUGUGGAGAGGUGUGCUGACUGCCAGUAUAGAGAUAAUUAUUUGAUGAACUGCAAUAGCACUGUAAGAAGAAAAGCAAUUUCCCUCAAAUUCAAUUUAAAUUCUGGGAACCCAUAUAAAAUAAUUCAAACAGGACUCACUUAUAUUUGCCAGUUGUGAAAGAAAAAUAUGUCUUUUAGAGGACGGGUUCCCGGCCUCAGGGAUGGGGAGUCCUCUUGUGUUUGUCCCCAAGCCCAGACAUGCUUUGAACUCAUCUCCUUUGCAUCAAAAUGCAGAAAACUGUUAAGUACCACAGUGGUCAGGACCAACAUGUGUUAUCAUCCACUACAUUAAAAUGGAGGAAAACCCAAGCCAGAAAGACGUCUCCCAACAUCUAUCCACGCUAAUGUUAACAUCCUUAAAUUAUUCAUCACCAGUCUAUAUUGGUGGCUUUAAAAUUAACAACUUGGAUAGCAGUUUCCAGUAAAUUAAAAAGGGCUAUUCUCAAGAAAGACUUAGGUGAAUUUGUUUCCAUUGACCAGUCUGGGAUUUUUUAAUGGGAAAAGCAGCAGUUUGUUUCCAGUUGCAUAAUGGACUACACUCUCCUCCAUGUUUAGCUCUCCUCCAUGUAGCGCAGGACGACUGCUGUCCAUACAAACCGAGUGCCCAAGGGGCUUGGACAUAAUAACAUUCAUACUACUUUUAUACUACUUUUUCUUGUCCAUUCUUCUCACAACAAUCUAAGAGAGAGGCAGGGUGGUUGUUAUCCCAUGUUUAUAGAUGAUAAAAUAAAAACGACUCUAUACUAAGGUAUUUACAUGUGUAAAGCACUUGAAAAGCAGAAUACUUAGUCCUCACAACUUUUGA